AUGUACUUCCAAAUCUCCCCAGCUCCCCUCGCACCACAAAUGGUCAUGGCAGACCCUCCACGGAUAGCAGGCCGGCGACACCAAACGGUCGCAUUCCUUCGCGGCCACACUGUCUCCGUCGUUCUCAUCUCAUCGGCUCUGGAGACCAUCGCCGCGUCGAAAGAGGCCAAGCGUUCCGCGCCUCUCCGCGAGAGCGUUCACCGCGCACUCGAGAUGGUAAAGUCGGGACAGGGAGGAGACAAGCCAAGAGAGAUCUUCGAGCCGCUGCGCCUAGCUUGUGAGACCCGUAACGAGAAACUGAUGAUCGCAAGCUUGGACUGCAUCUCCAAACUCAUCUCAUACUCGUUCUUUGUUGAGUCCUCUUCCACCCAUGCGCCCUCUUCACCCCCUCCGUCACCCGGCCCCAAUUCUCGUAAUUCCAUGUCCUCUCAAGCACCACAGCCGCCACCUUCCCUUGUUGACCUCGUUGUUCACACCAUCACGUCGUGCCAUACUGAAAGUACUCCAGAGACGGUUUCUCUGCAGAUUGUCAAGGCCCUGCUUUCGCUUGUCCUCUCUUCGACGGUCCUGGUUCACCAAUCUUCCUUGCUGAAGGCUGUCCGCACUGUCUACAAUGUUUUCCUACUUAGCGCGGACCCAGUCAACCAGAUGGUAGCACAAGGUGGUCUUACUCAGAUGGUCAACCAUGUCUUCGCACGGUGCAAGGUCGGCUCUUCUUCCCUCCCACCGUCGGAAUCUACAACAAGCUUGUCCAACCGCGAGGGAGAGAGCGCUCGGUCAUCGAAGCGACCUUCUGUGACGCUGUCCCCUCGUAAUUCGCUGCCGAUGCCACCGCAAAGCCCUUCGAUCAAUGGUACGGACGAAACUGGGUCCACUUUGGUACAGGAGCACCCCGAACCGCCUUCAAGCGCGGCGUCUGAGGCUCAUACAGACGCUACCGAGGAGACAUUAGGUGAGAACGCGGCAGAAACGCAAUCGAAUGGAGUACCGAAUGGCUCGCAUCAUAAAGCACAACCUUCAGAUUCUGCGUCCGGCGAUCCAGUUCCCGAGGAGGACGAGGAUCUUGGAGGCCCAGGGGGUAGGCAGCUCACCACCAAUGACCUGUUCAUCAAGGACGCGUUCCUUGUCUUCAGGGCGCUGUGUAAGUUGACGAUGAAGCCUUUGAAUAGCGAGAGCGAGCGCGACCUCAAGUCACAUUCAAUGCGGUCGAAGCUGCUCUCGCUUCACUUGGUGCUCAUGAUACUCAACUCGCAUAUGCAUAUAUUCGCUUCGCCAUCUGCAAUCAUCUACUCCUCAUCCUCGAACGAAGCAACACCCUUCAUUCAGGCGGCUAGCCAGUACCUCUGCUUGUGCUUGAGUAGGAAUGCUGUUAGUCCUGUCCCUCAAGUGUUCGAGAUUAGCGUAGAGAUUUUCUGGAGAGUCGUCUCGGGCCUGCGCACGAAGCUCAAGAAAGAGAUUGAAGUGCUCCUGCACGAGAUUUUCAUCCCGAUCCUGGAGAUGAAGACGUCGACUCUCAAGCAGAAGGCCAUGAUCGUCAGUAUGCUACAACGUUUGUGCCAGGAUCCCGAGGCUCUCGUAGAGAUCUACUUGAACUAUGACUGCGAUAGCGAGGCGGCAGACAACAUCUACGAGCACUUCAUGAACAUUAUCUCGAAGAUCGGAACCGCGCCAGUCUCCCAUGCACCUCAGAAGGCCAACGACCCAACGAGCCCAGCUCUGCAGCCCCAGACCAAGUCACAGCAGGGAACGCAGGUGCCCCCAUCCUUCAGUACUGCAGCGUUGUCGGUCCCGGGCAACGUCGACACCUCCACCAUCGGCAACUCGGAAGCGCAGCUCCGUAGGCAGGGCCUCGAGUGCCUCGUCGCUGCCCUCAAAUCCCUUGUCGCUUGGGGCACCGCGAGCACUUCGCCCCCAGAACAAACGCAGGACCCAACGACGCGCUCGCAGGCGGAGGAGUCGCGGCGGGACACGCUGACUCCGGAUAUCUCGACUGACCGGCUCUCUCCCGGAGGGGCGGACGUAAGUCGCGGGCAGACGCCCGAGCUAGCAGACGACCCGUCCAAGUUCGAGAGCGCGAAGCAGAAGAAGACCACGUUGCUGGAGGGCAUCAAGAAGUUUAACUUCAAGCCUAAGCGAGGUGUCGACUUCUUCCUCGAGACUGGGUUCAUCCCUAGUAGAGAACCCAAGGACAUCGCGCGGUUCUUGCUCGAGACCGACGGUCUUUCCAAGGUUGCCAUCGGCGAGUACCUCGGAGAAGGUGACGCGGAGAAUAUCGCAAUUAUGCAUGCGUUCGUCGACAUGUUAGACCUGAGCAACAUGCCUUUCGUGGAUGCGUUACGGCAAUUCCUUCAAGCUUUCCGUCUCCCGGGUGAAGCCCAGAAGAUCGAUCGGUUCAUGCUGAAGUUCGCUGAGCGGUAUAUGAGCGGGAACCCUAUGACUGUGUUCGCAAAUGCUGACACCGCCUAUGUACUGGCGUUCUCGACUAUUAUGCUUAACACGGAUGCGCACAGCCGACAGGUCAAGAACAGGAUGACGAAGCAAGGCUUCAUCGCGAACAAUCGCGGCAUCAACGAUGGCCAAGAUUUGCCUGAGGAGUUCUUGAGUGCAAUUUACGACGACAUCACCACUAACGAGAUUCGCAUGAAGGACGAGAUCGAGGCACCCACUGUCGUUAUGCCUGGUCCUGGCAUCGCAGGUGUUCUGGCGACAGUCGGCCGAGACUUGCAGAAGGAGCAGUACAUGAUGCAGUCGAACAACAUGGCGAAUAAGACUGAGGCCCUCUUCCGUACUCUCAUGCGUUCCCAGAGAAAGAGCACGAAGGGCACCGAGCAGUUCUUCAGUGCUUCGCACUUCAUCCACGUCCGCCCUAUGUUCGAAGUUGCUUGGAUUCCCUUCCUCGCCGGUCUUUCGGGGCCUCUGCAAGACACGGAUGAACUCGAAAUUGUGGAACUCUGUCUGGAGGGAUUCAAAGCUGCCAUCCACAUAGCUUGCUUCUUCGACCUCGAGCUCCAGCGAAACGCCUUCGUUAGUACGCUCACGAAAUUCACUUUCCUGAACAAUCUGGGCGAGAUGAAGACGAAGAAUAUGGAGGCAAUCAAGACUCUGCUUGACGUUGCGGUCACCGAAGGCAACCAGCUGAAGGCGUCUUGGCGGGACGUGCUCACUUGCGUCAGCCAGUUGGAGCACAUGCAGCUCAUCAGUAGUGGGGUGGAGGUUCCCGACGCAAACAGGAAAGGACGCUCCCGGAAACCUCCGACGGAGGAGCUAGCUAACGAGAGUCGGUCAACACACAUUACAGUCGCUGCAGAUAUGGUGUUCUCCCUCAGUCACUAUCUCUCGGGGACUGCAAUCGUGGAUUUCGUUCGCGCCCUGUGCGAUGUCUCGUGGGAAGAAAUACAAUCCUCUGGCAUGUCGCAACAUCCGCGGUUAUUCAGCUUGCAGAAGCUGGUCGAGAUCUCGUACUACAACAUGAACCGUAUUCGUCUGGAGUGGUCCAACAUGUGGGAGAUCCUCGGCGAACACUUCAAUCAGGUCUGCUGCCACAAGAAUCCCCACGUCGGGUUCUUCGCGCUUGACGCGCUCCGUCAACUGGCCAUGCGCUUCUUAGAGAAGGAGGAGUUACCGCACUUCAAGUUCCAGAAAGACUUCCUGCGGCCGUUCGAGUAUACCAUGAUUCAUAACUCAAACCCAGAUAUUCGUGAUAUGGUCCUGCAAUGCUUGCAACAAAUGAUCCAAGCACGGGUGCACAACCUUCGGUCUGGAUGGAGAACAAUGUUCGCUGUAUUCUCCGCUGCGUCCAAGGCUGCAACGGAACGCAUCGCGAGCUCGGCUUUCGAGAUUGUCACCCGGUUGAACAAGGAGCACUUCCCCUCUAUCGUUCGCCAUGGCUCCUUUGCGGAUCUGACGGUAUGCAUCACCGACUUCUGCAAAGUCAGCAAGUACCAGAAGAUCAGUCUUCUUGCUAUCGCAAUGCUCCGUGGGCUCAUCCCGACGAUGCUGGAGUCGCCCGAAUGUGGCUUCAAGGACCCGAACCACUCCUCGACCGAUGACCCCAUGAUCAAGUACUGGUUUCCUGUGCUCUUCGGGUUCUACGAUGUCAUCAUGAACGGUGAAGAUCUGGAAGUGCGGCGGUUGGCACUCGACUCCCUCUUCAACACCCUAAAGACGUACGGCUCGACAUAUCCAGUCGAGUUCUGGGACACCGUUUGUCAAGAGCUGCUGUUCCCCAUCUUUGCAGUGCUCAAGUCAAGUCAAGAUUUGUCACGUUUCAGUACCCAGGAGGACAUGAGCGUGUGGCUGUCAACGACAAUGAUCCAGGCGUUGCGGAACCUCAUCGAUCUCUACACGUUCUAUUUCGAAACUCUCGAACGAUUCCUCGAUGGCUUGCUAGACUUGCUCUGUGUCUGCAUAUGCCAAGAGAACGACACAUUGGCUCGGAUAGGGACUUCGUGCUUGCAACAGUUGCUCGAAAACAACGUCAAAAAGCUCAGCGCAGCUCGUUGGGAGCGAAUAGCGCUCACGUUCGUCAAGUUGUUUAGGACAACAACCCCUCAUCAGCUAUUCGAUGAGAGCCUACGGGUUGAGAUUGAUGGCAGCCAAUCUGACUUGCACGACUCUCCUGACGUCGCCGGCACAGAUGCGAACGAGCAAGCUCUGGUUCCUGCCCCGUUGUCUCCCAAUAGCGAGAACUCUAAGGCUGGUACCAGGAUAUCGCUGAAUGAGCGACGUCGUAUCUUCCGACAGAUUAUCGUGAAAUGUGUCCUCCAACUGCUGCUAAUAGAGACCACGAACGAUCUCCUCCGCAACGACGAAGUCUACAAUACAAUCCCGCCUGAGCAUCUACUUCGGUUGAUGGGCGUCCUGGACCACAGCUACCAAUUCGCACGGAUGUUCAAUGACGACAAGGAGUUGCGGACAGGGCUUUGGAAAGUUGGCUUCAUGAAGCAUCUGCCCAACCUGUUAAAGCAGGAGUCGAGCAGCGCAUCCACAUUAGUGCAUGUACUUCUGCGGAUGUACUAUGACCCUCGUCCCGAGCAUCAAUCGGCGCGACCCCAAGUGGCUGAUCGUCUCUUGCCACUGGGUCUUGGUGUACUGCAGGACUUCAACAAGCUGCGUCUCGAUUCGCAGGCUAAAAAUAUCGCGGCCUGGACACCAGUCGUCGCCGAAAUCCUGCAAGGUUUCGUCAAGUUCGAUGAUAAGGCAUUCACAAGAUACCUACCCGCAAUCUAUCCCUUGGCGACCGACCUCUUGUCGAGGGAGAUGGCGCCAGAAAUUCGCGAAGGCCUUCGGGAGUACUUCUUGCGUGUGGGUUAUAUCCAGGGCAUCGUAGAGCGUCCAUGAUCUCGUAUACACACUCUAUCUUAUUACUUUGCACGAUUGUAUAAUGUCAUCAACUUCGGGUAUAUUAAUGCACAGUUUCCAGUAGAUCCGGCCCUGGAAGAUCAACCAAGAGGAACGAAGAUGUGAACCGAUGUCAUGUAGUGUACUAUGGUCAGCGGCAGAUGAUCCUCAUAAGAAGCAAGUUACCCUCAGUGAUAUCCGUAGCCACCUUGGAACCCAUUGGCAUUUCCGAACCCUCCCCAACCAGUCGGCUGUGCAGUGAGCGGCAUUGGGUUCGGCCGAAGCGCUUCGUACUUGUCCGCGCUCUGCGGUGCAUUAUCUUCUUGGGCAAAUGUGCCGCUCUUCAUCUGCGCGAAGACGUU